GACAAGUUCAUUGAUCAUCCUGCUGGAAUGGCAUCACCAUGGCCGUUAGAAACCUAGCCCUUGCAACUAUCGUGCUGGUGGCUGUCCAUUUGUCGCUUGGGCAAUAUUUAAAUAAUGUAAUACAGGAACGCUCUCAAAGAAAUAGAGUGUUAUUAUACGUGCCAAAAGUUGUGAAGAAAAUAAGACAUACACAUACCGUUUACGUGCACAAAAAUGAUAACAGAGAAUCGGACCAUCAUUACAAGGGUAAAGUGGUCCAUCAUCAUCACCACAGCGGGAAAGUAGAACACGUCCAUAAACACGAUGGAAAGAGUAAACACGAACACGAACAUCACGGCAACGGGGAUCACAAGCACGAACAUCUCGGCAAAGCCCAGCAUAAGCACAAGCACCACGGCCUUGCCGCACACUCGCACAAGCAUGCCGGGCACGCCGCACACAGUCAUGCGCAUAAAGGCCACGGUGACCACGUACACGGGCACAGCGGUAAAGGUCAUCAUUCGCACGAUCACUUCGGCCACGCGGAACACGGCCACAAACACACCGGCCUGGGGAGUCACAAACACCAACACGACGGAUCCGCUCAUCACUGGCAUAAACACAACGGAGACGGCAAGCAUCAUCACAAACACGACGGCAUGGCGCAUCACGCUCACGCACAUCAUGGAAAUCAUCUCCACGGCGACAACCACGAUCAUGACGAGACUCAUGGUUUCUACUACGACGAUCAAGACGACGAAAAUAGUAACGACAAUCAACACGACAUGGAUGAAAAAAAACUUCACAUUUUCCUCUAUCCUAACAACAAAUAUUACGGACUUUAUUUUACGGCUGAUAGUCCCGAUCAAGUAAAUAAUGACGAAGCUGAAACAGACGAAACAGACAUCAAAGAUUCCACAGAAGUCGAAUUAUCUAGUGAAGAUGAUGAGAAAAGGAAAAUGGACGACGGUGAUAGCUUAAAACCCGACCAUACCAAAAGAAAAGACUGUCGAUUGUACCUAUCUAGGAAAGUUUGCCUACAAACUAUGCUGAGAGUUCCUUUAGUCGUAAAACUUGGAAAAUAUAAAAGAGCGGUGGUCGACACUCCGAGUCAAAGCCAAUUGAAUCCAGAAGGAAACACCAUGAAAUAUGAAGGAUGUCAUGGUGCAGAAGAAAUCAUUUCUGAGAAACCCAAUCCAGGAUUCGAUAAUACAGAGGAUUCUUUUGGGUUAGAUUUAGUAGAUGCCGGAUCUCUAAAGCACACGCACUAUCAUAAAGCGGUGUUUGAGCAUGUCCAUAAACAUAGCGGAGAUUUCGGCCAUGGGCACGAACAUUCCGGACAUGGAUAUCAUUCUCACGAUCAUCACGGACAAGCUGAACACGAGCAUCAUCACGGCGGUUCGUGGCUUCAUGGGCAUAAGCACACAGGUGGUGCAAAGCACGAUCAUAAGCACUCGGGAUCUGCUUCUCAUGGUCACAAACACGUUGGGAAUGUAGGACACGGACAUCAACAUGCCGGACAUUAUGCGCACGAUCAUAAACACGAUGGUCAUGCCGAACAUGUACAUUCACAUCAUGGUUCGCACUCUCACGAGCAUCAUCAUUCUGGUAAAGCUGACCACGAUCAUCAUCAUGAAGGGCACAUCGGACAUGGUCAUAAACACCGAGGCAAUUCUGAACACGAACAUUCACAUCAUGGUUCUUACUCUCAUGGACAUCAUCAUUCUGGUAAAGCUGACCAUGAUCAUCAUCACAAAGGUAAUGCGAAACAUGAACAUCAUCAUUCUGGUAAAGCUGACCAUGAUCAUCAUCACAAAGGUAAUGUGAAACAUGAACAUCAUCAUUCUGGUAAAGCUGACCAUGAUCAUCAUCACAAAGGUAAUGCGAAACAUGAACAUCAUCAUUCUGGUAAAGCUGACCAUGAUCAUCAUCACAAAGGUCAUGCUGAACACGGACAUUCACAUCAUGGUUCUUAUUCUCACGGACACCAUCAUACCGGCAAAGCCGACCAUGAUCAUCAUCACAAAGGUAAUGCGAAACAUGAACAUCAUCAUUCUGGUAAAGCUGACCAUGAUCAUCAUCACAAAGGUCAUGCUGAACACGGACAUUCACAUCAUGGUUCUUACUCUCACGGACAUCAUCAUUCUGGUAAAGCUGACCAUGAUCAUCAACACGAAGGAAAGUUAGGUCAUAGCCACAAACACCAUGGCCAUGCCGAACACGAACAUUCACAUCAUGGUUCUCACUCUCACGCACAUCAUCAUUCUGGCAUAGCUGACCAUGAUCAUCAUCACAAAGGUCAUGCCAAACACGGACAUCAACAUUCCGGCAAAUCUGACCAUGAUCAUCUUCAAGAAGGGCAACUUAAUCAUGGUCAUAAACACGAAGGUCAUGGCAAACACGGCCAUCGCCUUUCCGGAAAAAUACUUCACGGUCAUCAUCACGAUGGAAAUGACAAGCACGGUCACAACCACGAGAAUAAUGCAAAACAAGCCUAUGAUCAUUCUGGAGGUAACGAUCAUGACCUCGAAGACCUCGGAUCCUCGUUACACGAUAGCUACACUCAGCCAGCAACAAGCACAGCCAACUUAUCGACCAAAAAUACAAUGAUUACAAAUCCUCUAAUAUUGCAACUUCGCAUAUUUCAAAUGUUGAUGAGGUGAAAAUUCCAUCGGGAAAAUACUUUUCGCUAACAGCCUUACCAGAUACAGACUUACCUUCGGGGUUUUCAGCAAGAUACCAAAUUGUACCUGUAUCAUUGAGUAAUGCAUUUUACCCAUUGCAGCUGUAUUAACCAAA